AUGAGUCAACCGACUGAAAGAAGUCAAAAGUUAUCUUUUAAAAAAACUGAUAUAUUUUAUAUAUUUUUGAUUUUCGUUCCUGUGGGGUACAUUGUGAACUUUCUUAGCUCGAAUGACACAUUAAUUUUUAUAAUGAACUUUCUGGCAAUUAUAUCAUCAGCUAAACUGCUGAGAUUUGCGAACAAUGAACUUUCACAUCAUUUAAAUAGUUUUAAUGAGACUCUAGAAGACAUACUAGAUGUAGCGUUUAACAAUUUGGUAGAGUUAAUAAUAACUAUAGUUGCAUUAGUGAAUGGAAAAAUUCGUGUUGUCCAAGCAGCAUUGCUAGGGUCUAUACUCUCUCAUACUCUACUUAUAUUAGGAUUUUGUUUUCUCGUUGGAGGGAUCAAAAUUCUUGAAAAAAAUAAGCUUGAAGAAGAGUUUAACGACUUUGGUGGUUCGAAAGGUACGACAGUUGCGCAAAUGACAUCUAGUGUGUUGACAUUAGCGUGUAUUUCUCUGGUUUUACCUGCUGCAUUCGGUUUUUUUGUCGACAAAAGUGCUGAUGAAGUCAUGCAUAUAAGUUAUGGAACAUCAAUUGUGUUAUUAGUUAUAUCUGUACUUUAUUUAUGUUUUAGGAUAAAAACCCAUAAAAAACUAUUUGCUAGAUUCCAUGAAAAGAAAGAUAAUAUAGACGUGAUAAUGUCAUUAACAUUAUUUGCUAUAAUGAUUGUGAAUAUUGUUUUUUUAGCACAAUUUCUCAUAAAAUCAAUCGAAGGAAUUGUUGCAUCCCAUAAAAUAAGUCAAACCUUUAUUGGAUUGAUUUUACUACCCAUAGUUGGUCAUUGUGAUAAGUAUAUUUCCCCCACUUAUAUUGAACGUAAUAAUCACGAUGAUAAAUGUGCAAAUAAAAGGUUUGCAAUUAUGGUUAUUUCGGUUAGAAGCUCAAUUCAAACCGCGCUAAUUAUUACCCCAUUAUUGGUGAUUUUGGGAUGGAUUAUUAAUAAGAAAAUGUCUCUGUCUUUUACAAUAUUCGAAACUAUUUGUUUAGUUGUUGCAAUUAUGCUUAGAAAUUACUUAUUUCAG